AUGCUGUGGUGCAUCGACAUAUGGUUGGAAUUCUGUAUCUUCAGCAUCUACUGGUUCACAAUUUCGGGGUCUAUUUAUUUAUUCGUUAUAAGUGACGACGUUGAUGAUUUCUCAGACACCUCAUUUAUGUUGCUAUCGAUGCUAGCAAUAUGUGCCAAGGUGAUGAUAGCCAUUUCGAAGAGAUCGGAUAUAAUAGGAGUUGUCACAGCUCUCGAGAAUCAGCCUCAUAAGCCAGUGAAUCUGGAAACUCAGUUACUUCAGGAUCGAACUGAUGAGCGGGUCAGGUUGUUCACCGUUUGUUACGGCUGUUUGACGGAAGCUACCGUAUGUUAUGGAACUAUCGCUCCAUUCUUCCAAAAUAUUCCUUUCGGAUAUCUGCCUUACAAAGCAUGGAUCCCUCAUGAUUACUCAACACCUGCUGUUUACUGGUGCACCUACUGUCAGCAAUUAAUAAGUGUUUUUGUCGCUGCCAAUCUCAAUAUUGGCUUUGACACUAUUAUUUUUGGAAGUCUCAUGCAAAUAUGCGGGCAAUUCAAUAUGCUCAAGUGCCGAUUGGAGAUGAUCAUUGAUGAAUUCGACGCCAAGCAGAUUGGCUCGCAGAGCACGACUAAUCCAGCGCUACUUCGAACGUAUGAAAGAUAUAUUGAGGAUUGCAUCAAAUAUCACAUCGCAAUAUUCAAAAUCUCUGAAAGAAUAAAUUCCAUCUUCAACAGUAUAAUCUUCGUUCAGUACUCUGCCUCCUCCAUCAUCAUAUGCGUGAGUGUCCUGCUGAUCUCCCACAUGCCAGUAUCAUCACCAAAAUUCAUGACAAUCGCCAUGGUGAGAGCGUGAGGAAUGCUGUUUACAACACAAAAUGGUACCUCCUGAGCAAUCCCAUGAAGAAAUGCCUCUACCUGAUGAUGAUACGUACGUUGAAGCCCCUCGUCUUCGUGAGUCAUCACAUCAUCGUUCUUUCACUGCAGUCUUUUUGCGUUGUGCGCUCAUCACUAAUAUCAAAUAAUAAGUUAAUCCGACAAUUAAUCUAAUGACAAAUCAUUUACAGCUCCUCAAAACGUCUUACUCAGCAUACACAAUGCUCCAACAGUCUUCUGGUUAAC